GUUUGACCCUAACCUAACUUCAAUCAAAAUAAAUAAAUGUAAAAAACAUGCUACAAGAACCGACGUUAAAAAACCUAACAAACAACGAGUUCGGGAAGCCCCCUGACAAACAAAAUGCCAUUCUUCACGAGCUGGGGGCCCACCACAUCGCCAGCUUCAACUACAUGAUAAAUGAGGGUUUGAAGAAGGCUAUAGCCGACUUAAACCCCGUUGAAUUUGUGGUAAACGAAAGAAAAGUUAGGUUAGAAGUGAAUGAUUUUAGUUUCGAAUCCCCUGAGGUGCCUUUGGGCACUAUAGGGGUGAGAAAUAGGUUGGUUUACCCUACGGAAUGUAGGCAACGGGCUGCCACCUACAAAGGUAAAUUUAUGAUUAGUGUUAGCUGGUUUUUGGAUGAUGUGCAACAGUUGUCGUUUGAAAAGGAUAUGGGCGAUAUACCGGUUAUGAUAAAGUCGAAUCGUUGUCAUUUGAAUUCUAUGACCCCCAAAGACUUGGUUAAGCAUGGGGAACACGAACAAGAAUGGGGUGGAUAUUUUGUGGUUAAAGGUCACGAAAGGAUAGUGAGAAUGCUUUUAAUGACUCGCAGAAACUACCCUAUAGCUAUAAAACGUUCAGGGUGGAAAAUGCGGGGGGCUUUAUUCUCUGAUGCAGGGGUUUCAAUACGAUGUGUCAAAGAUGAUCAAACUGCUACUAACAAUGUACUACAUUUUGUCACGGAUGGCAGUGCCAAAUUAAUGUUCAGCUACCGAAAAGUUCUGUAUUAUGCCCCCUUGUGCCUUAUAUUGAAGUGUUUUUGUGAUUUUAGCGAUCAAUACAUAUACCAAAAGCUUACACACGGUUUUGAGGAAGAUUUAUACUAUACAGAUGCUGUACAAAACAUGCUAAGGGGGUUGCACGUCGAAAAUCUGCACACCCAUGAAGAAUGCAAAGCCUACUUGGGCAAAAUGUUCAGGAUCAAGUUUUAUGAAUGUCCUGAAUGGUGGACUGAUAUAGAGAUAGGCGAAUUUAUACUCAAUAAAUGCAUUUUGAUACAUUUAAAUUCUGGGGAGGAUAAAUUCAACAUGUUGGUGUUUAUGACGCAGAAAUUGUUCGCUUUCGCGCAGGAUAAAUGCAAGCUGGAGGGGGCUGAUGCUGUCAUGAUGCAAGAGCUUUUAUUAGGUGGUCAUUUAUAUCUGCAAAUCAUCAAAGAGAAACUUCAAAACUGGCUGACAUCUCUGCGCUACAACAUAGCGAAGCAAUCGCAGAGCGCGUCGUUCUACUUCACGCAGCAGGACAUCCUCAAGGCCGCCAAGUUCGCAGGGUCCCUGGACAGGGUCCUCGAAAACUUCCUGGCCACCGGCAACGUCGCCAGCAGCUCCGGCCUGGGGCUGAUGCAGGACAAGGGCCUGACCAUCGUGGCCGAGAACAUCAACCGCAUGCGCUACAUGUCGCACUUCAGGGCUGUCCAUAGAGGCGCUUUCUUUCAGGAGAUGCGCACCACGGAAGCCAGGCAGCUGCUGCCGGACGCGUGGGGGUUCAUCUGCCCGGUGCACACGCCCGACGGCACCCCGUGCGGUCUUUUGAACCACCUGGCGUUGAGCUGUCGCGUCACGGAAACGCCCGACACCGCGCGACUCAACAACAUACCGUUGGUGUUGACGGAGUUGGGGAUGGUACCUCUGAAGUUCUUCAGCACGCUGGACCUCAAAAAUUGGUACGUCGUCCAAUUGGACGGCAGAGUAAUCGGUUACGUAGAAACCAACUACGCUAGACAACUCGUGGACGGUCUCAGGAUAUUCAAAAUUGAAGGCGUCAAGAUCCCAAGCACUCUGGAAAUAGUGCUGGUACCAAAGAAAGAUACCGUCACUCAGUACCCGGGUUUAUACCUCUUCACAGGCCCGGCAAGGAUGAUGAGACCUUUAAUAAACCUCCUCGCAAAAGAAAUCGAAUUGGUUGGCACUUUUGAGCAAGUCUACAUGGAUAUUUGCGUGGCCCCACAAGAAGCUUACCCAGGCGUUACAACCCAUAUGGAACUGUCGAAAACCGGUUUUCUCUCGAACUUGGCGAUGCUGAUUCCGAUGCCGGACUGUAACCAAUCGCCGCGCAACAUGUAUCAGUGUCAGAUGGGCAAGCAAACGAUGGGCUCGCCCUGUCACAACUGGGAUCUACAGGCGGAGACCAAGUUGUACAGGCUUCAGACCCCCGGGACGCCUUUGUUCAGGCCCGUGCAUCACGACAACAUCGCGCUGGACGAUUUCGCCAUGGGAACCAACGCAAUAGUGGCCGUAAUCAGUUACACGGGCUAUGACAUGGAGGACGCGAUGAUAAUCAACAAGUCCUCUGACGAGCGCGGUUUCGCGCACGGCUCCAUCUACAAAUCGGAGUUCGUGGAGGUGGACCACCCCCACUCCUACUUCUGCAGGGACCCCAACAAGGAUAAUCUGUCGGAAUUUGUGGACACUGACGGUUUGCCGGUGAUAGGCAGGAAGAUACAAGCCGGCGAUCCGCUGUACUGUUUCUAUAGCUCCGAUACUUCCAACUACGUCACGAAAAAAUUCGGCGGCAAGGAGGAGUGCUUCGUGCACAGUGUUAGGUUGUGUGGGGAUUUUGGGAUGAAGGCGCCGAAAACCGCAUGCAUAACCUUCAGAAUUCAAGUAAGCCGAGAGGUGUGUUUUUGUAACUUUAUUAAUGACUUUUUGCAGAGGAACGCAAGUGUGGGCGAUAAAUUCGCCAGUAGGGCCGGACAGAAAGGUAUAUGUUCGCAAAAAUGGCCCGCCGAGGAUUUACCCUUCACAGAAACAGGGUUGGUUCCCGAUAUCGUAUUUAAUCCCCACGGUUUCCCCUCGAGAAUGACAAUCGCCAUGAUGAUUGAAAUCAUGGCCGGUAAAUCGGCGGCUCUGCACGGCUUAGUCCACGACGCCACGCCUUUCAAAUUCAACGAAGAUGACACCGCGAUCGAUUACUUCGGGCGCCUUCUGGAAGCGGGUGGCUACAAUUACUAUGGUACGGAAACCAUGUACUCUGGAAUCGAUGGGAGGGAAAUGAAGGCCGAAAUAUUUUUCGGCGUGGUCCACUACCAACGGUUAAGACACAUGGUGUCCGAUAAGUGGCAGGUUAGGUCCACAGGGCCUAUAGACGUUCUAACAAGACAGCCCCUGAAAGGUAGAAAGCGCGGUGGUGGGGUGAGAUUCGGGGAAAUGGAGAGAGACUCCCUCAUAAGUCAUGGGGCGUCAUUUUUACUCCAAGACAGACUUUUACAUUGCUCUGACAGAACUACGGCCAAUAUUUGCACAGCGUGCGGGUCUUUACUGGGCCCCAUCACCAUGGUGACGAGAAAAGACAACAAACCGCACUUGUCGGAAACAAAAGAUAGCUGCAGUUUGUGCGGCACCAACGAAAACAUUUCCGAAAUUCAAAUCCCCUAUAUUUUUAAGUUUUUCGUCACGCAAAUGGCGUCCUGUAAUAUUAAUGUUAAGAUAGAAUGCGAAAAAGUUUAAAUAAAUGUUUUU